AUGGAGUCUUCUAGGGGUGAACAUGGCACCUUCAAGCCUGCACCGGCGGCACAGGCUCAGAACAAGCCGGGGUUGGAGAGCAUAAUGAUAGAGCAAAGUGAGUCAACGAAACUGGAGGGCCUCCACGGCUUUUCUGAAUAUGCGGGUUCCGGAAAGCUGAAGGGCAAAAAUGCUCUAAUCACUGGCGGAGAUUCUGGGAUUGGACGAUCAGUUGCUAUUCUGAUGGCCAGAGAGGGUGCGGAUGUUACUAUCGUGUAUUUGCCCUCAGAACAGAUUGACGCAGAGACAACCAAAAAGUCCGUUGAGGAAGAGAAGAGGACUUGCCUUCUUAUUCCAGGUGAUUUGAGAGAUCGCAACGUGUGCCGUCACGCAGUGGAUAAACAUGUGAAGAAAUACGGCACAGUCAAUAUACUUGUCAACAAUGCGUCGAAACAGUACCUAUGUACGGAAUUUGAAAACACCGAUCUGGAUAAGACUGAAGACAUCUUCAGAACCAAUAUAAUCCAGAUUAUUGCGAUGGCGAAGUUUGCUCUUCCUCACAUGGCACGAGGUGAUUCGAUCAUCAAUACUUCUUCUGUUGUGACUUUUCGUGGUUCGGGGACCAUGAUUGAUUAUGCUGCAACAAAAGGAGCUAUCAUUGGUUUUACUAGGUCUCUAGCAACACACUUGAUUCCCAAGGGUAUUCGGGUCAAUGCAAUCGCUCCAGGUGCGAUCUAUACACCAAUUCAAGUCGACACCCGAGAUGCAAAACAGAUGGAAGGAUGGGGUCGCGAGACUGGUCUUGGCCGACCAGGUGAGCCUAGUGAGGUUGCGACAAGUUUCGUCUUCUUGGCUAGUGCGGAUGCUUCUCUAUACUGUGAGUGA